CGUACGGUCGCGCACGGUUGCACGGAAUAACCGUGGUUUUCGUUCCGCGAACCGUUCCAAGUGCGAUCUCGCCUCUCGGUGACGUUCGAAAAGCCUUUCAGCACGGCCAUGUUUGCCAAGAACGGGUAUUUCUCGUCGGAAAUCCGCGUUGUUCGCUAACGAGCACGUAGCGUUCCGUCUACCUCGCGAUCCGCUCGUCCCUCGUUUCGUAUCUCCGCACGUUAACCAUCCGGAGGAUACGAGGUUAACCAUGUCGCAAAGAACGGGAUACAACAUCGUUAGGAAGCGGUCUCUGCGCGACAGAAGAGUUAGAAAAGACUCGCGAUGGAUCAGUUGGGAGAGGGACAGGCAGUCGUGGUUGGGAAUGCUGGGGGGACCGUCCAGGUAGUUCAAAUGGGCCAAGGGGGUCAGGCGAUGAUGUUGCCGCAGGCUAUACAAGUAGCUGCGCCUAACGGACAGAUACAAGUGGUGCCGGUGUCUAGUUUAACCAGUACGGGCCAGCAGAUCGUGAUACAGCAACCGCAAACGCCGCAGAUCAUACAAACACCGGAUGGGCAAACGUAUAUUUAUCAGCCGGUUCAAUUGGAGGGGCAAGUUCAACAGGCGCAACCUACAGUAAUUAAUAUCAAUGGAAAUCUUAUGCAAAUCGCUGGUACGACGUCGCAGACUACCACCACUGCUGCGACUACGACACCGGUGCAGCCUUUGGCUAGCCCUACGGCAGCAGCAUCUCAGGCAGGAAACGUUGUCAUGAUGGUCCCUGGAAACAGUGGGCAGACACAGUUCCAAAGGGUAGCGUUGCCAAAUGCUGAAGUUUUCGAAGAAGAACCGCUGUACGUAAAUGCUAAACAGUAUAGGCGCAUAUUGAAACGUCGUCAGGCUCGUGCUAAACUAGAAGCAGAAGGAAAAAUACCGAAAGAGAGACCCAAAUACCUGCACGAAUCCCGUCAUCGGCAUGCAAUGAACAGAAUUCGUGGCGAAGGCGGUCGUUUCCAUUCCGGCCAGGUAAAGAAGCGAAAUAGAACGAAUGAAAACUCCAUGAUUACCCAGCACAUCGCGUCAUCGACCAGCACCAACACCGUUCGUACUAUAGCGAUCGCGGCAGCGAACGUGGGUGUACAGUACCACGACACAGACAACAUGGCCUCCACGAUCGUCAUCGAGAAACCAGGUAUACCACUUCAGGAUAUGAUCUCUGAGGAUGAUAUUGUUACCUCGAACAAUCGUUUAAUGUAGAUAGAUAAAUUGGACGGAGUGUUGUAAUAAGUGAAAAAGGGAAAAUGUGUCUGUGACGAAAUCCUGCUUUACGUAAUCAUUCGAAAGACAUUUUGUAAAUAAUAUCUUGAUAGGAGGUUCAGUGCAGGUAGAAUUUUUAUGGACAAGAAGCCGCGAAGAGUUAUCAAGGUUGUAUAUAAUACGUUUGUAAAAGUUGUUUAAGUCGUAUAUUUUUUUAAUUUCUCUUUGCGUGUAGCCUAACACCAUACUUGAUAAUAUUAUUGCGUAGCGUCAUUGUCGCGAUACAACGGAAAAAAUUGAAUUGAAAUUUGUAAAACGGUAUAUCGCAAUUUAAUUAUAUAUAAUUAACAUAGAUAUGUUCUGUACAUAGGAAGGCUUGGCAGUGUAACAUAUCGGAUGUAAGAUUUUUAAUAUUUAUAAAAUUUCAUACGACGUACGUAUCGCUACAUUGGAUCGAGAGACUGAAAACUAUAAUUUAUUUGUUACGUGCUGGGUACCAUUUGUAGAAUAGAUUUUAUAAACGAAUUAAUCUUAACCUUCCAUUGUAACGAUGAACUAUGAUGCUGAGUGUGCGCGUCCGCCGAUAAGACUUUUUGUACAAUUUUGAGUGCUAGUACAAUUAAUUUAGUCUAAUGGAAAGCUUUAUGGAAGAUAGAUUAUUGUUAAGGAUAUAUUGUAAGGAAGUUGCUUAUUUUAUGCAGUGGCUUAUUGUAAAUAACGUAUCUAAUCUCGAGGUGUUGAUAUUUUGGUCGAUCGGUGUGUAACGUUUAUUACUUUUAACACUUUACCGACCGGUAACCGUCGGUCGGUAAAGAAGUUUAUUAAUACGCCAUCGGUCGGUAAAACAGCCGAUUGAUAGGCUAUCGGCCGGUAAUGUGUUGAGUAGCUAUCGAAAUCUCUCAAAAUUUAUAAGUGAAUCUUCUUUUAUGUAAAAUAUAGCAGAUGUUCACAGAUUUUUGAAGUUUCAUUUUGAAAUUUAUAAAAACAAUACAUGUUGCACGUUUCUAAAAUUAGAAAAAGGUUAGAUUCUUGUGAAAUCGAAAACUUGUGAACAUUUCGAUGUAUUCCACGCAAUCGAAUAUAGUACCUUUCACAAAUGGUCGGGCAAAGAAAGAAGACGUUUAUUUGGUCAAAGCCGGGCUUGUAAAUAAUUGUAAAAUUAUAAAUGUAAGAUUCGAAAUAUAUUGCAGUGUCCCCCAGUGUGGACGCGAAGAAUUGUAAGAUAAUAGUUAAGUCUGGUGAGAAUAGGAAAUAAUAUAUUUGUAACGGAACUAAGUAUGCGUAAGCAGAACAACAAUCCUUUGUUCCUUUCGCCUACAAUUUAAUACUCAUUUUCCAUUAAAUCUUUCUGAAAAUGGGUGCGUUGGGGAUUUUUCUUUUUAGAAUUUCUUAUCGUCGUAUUCACUUCGAAGGUGAAUCAAAAUAUGUUGGACGGAUGGGCAAUUUUCUUUUCUGUUAAAACUUUGGAGCGUUCGGACAGUGGGCCUGGCGUAUAUAUUUGGUUCGAUUGGUAACGGUGCUCCCAACAGACACUCUUCUAUUAUUUUAUUACCCGUAGCAUCAAUUGUGGCAUCGUACUCUGUGUCACCGGUUCUGAAAGAGCGAACGAUUCUCAAAUGCAUUAAUUUAUGAAUGAUUAGAACCAGACUGCGGAAAUGCAUUUGUGGGUAAUUUUAAUCGUCAAGAAACUACAGAACGCAUUUAAUAUGCAAAAACAUGAGAAAUACUUAAAGUAAGAAUACGAAUUAUUAUUUUUAGGCUCUGCGAAGCUUUUGUUUCAUUAAUUCUAUUAAUUUUGUAUAAAGAUCCGCAGUCUAAUUGUAACAAACGUUGCGAAAGCUACGUGGUAAAGAUGUUUCUAUAAAAAUUCCUGUAGAAAACAAAACAUUCUAUAAAAGUGAAAGGAAUAGUAUUAUUAUCAAACGUUAUUUACAAUACACUGCUCAAAAUAAUUCGAAGAUCGCAUAGUUUUGUUAUUAAAUGAAUAUCAUGAAAGUUUCAACAUGCCCGAUACGAGUGAAACGUUUAGCAAGAAUGAAUUAAUUAAAGUAAUCGACAGAUCAAUUUUCUGGACAAUUCAGGAGAACG